ACUCGGAAUCAUCAGUUCGUAUCUGAAUUCUCUCGCAUUUCCGCUUCGUUAACAAGAUUCUGCACUACGAACCUCUCCCAGAUUCCCGUUCCCUAUCGCCGGAUUCCUAAAUAUCUCUUUCUACCUUCACUUUCGAUUUCUUCUUGUCGCCAAUCACUAGCUGAAAUAGGUUUUUCGGGGCGGUAGCGUUGGUGGUUUUUGGGGUUUUAAUUUGCCGAUAUCUCCAUGGGUCGGAAGAAGCCAACUGCACGGGAUGAUGACGGCGCUCCCGCGGCAGCUCAGGGUGGUGGGAAGUCGAAGAAAAAGACAUUUGCAGUAGACGACGAUGAGUACUCCAUUGGAACUGAAUUGUCUGAAGAAGCCCAAGUUCAGGAGGAGAAGGUCGUGAUAACGGGGAAGAAGAAGGGUAAGAAGGGUAAUUCAAAAGCUUCACAACUUAAAGAGGAAGAGGACGAGGAGGAUGGGGAUGGUGUUUCAGAGAUUGUUAUCACCGGGAAAAAGAAGGGUAAGUCGAAGAAGGGUGGAAGUAGCAGUGCUUUCACUGCUUCCGCUUUUGGUUUGCUUGAUGAGGAGGGGAAUGAUGGCGCUGCUGAUGAUGAUGAUGAAGAAUCUGUGGUAACCGGGGAAAAGGAUGAUGAUGAAGGGGAUGAUUCCGUGAUCAAUUUUUCAGGUAAGAAGAAGUCGUCUAAGUCUUCUAAGAAGACUGGUUUUUCCGCUGCGUUCAGUGCUCUUGAUGAUGAGAAUGAUGAAGAUGUGAUUGAUAAUGAGAUCAGAGUUGAUGAAGAUAUUGAUGACGAGCCUGUUAUUGCAUUUACAGGUAAGAAAAAGUCAUCGAAAGGUGGUAAGAAGGCUGGGAAUACAUUUACAGCUUCUGGUUUUAGUGGUCUUGAUAAUGAGGAUGAGGAUGGAGAUGCUAAGAAGGAUGAGGAUGAAGAUAUUGCAUCAAUUAGCUUCUCGGGUAAGAAAAAGAAGUCAUCCAAGGCUUCAAAGAAAAGUGGCAAUUUGUUUAGUGCAGCAUUCCCUGAUGAGGAAAAUGAUGGGGAUGCUUCUAUUUCAGAGCCAAAUAAAUUAAAUGUUGAUGGUGUUGAUGAAGAUGAUGCCACUGUAAUUGCAUUUUCUGGAAAGAAAAAGUCCUCUAAGAAGAAAGGCAGCGGUAUGGUUACUGCAUUAAGUGAUGAAAGUGUGCUGGGCAAUGAAGUAAGAGAUGUAGUCGGAUCUGAAAUAUUGAAUACAGCAAGUAGCAAUAUUGAUUCUGAUUUAUCAAAAGCUAACAAGAUGGAGGGGGUAGCAGAAACUUCAAAAAAUAAGAAGAAAAAGAAAAAGAGUGGAAGGACUGCUCAAGAAGAAGAUGAUUUGGAUAAGAUUCUUGCUGAGCUAGGAGAGGGGCCUCCUACAUCAAAACCAGCAGACCCUCCUCUUCCUUCACAAGAGGACAAAGUUGAGAAUCCACCUGAGCUUGUUGCUCCUCCUGAUGCAUCAGCUGAAAAGGAAGCUGAAGAAGAGAGCACAGAAUCAGCUGCAGCAAGGAAGAAGAAAAAGAAGAAGGAGAAGGAAAAGGAAAAAAAAGCUGCAGCAGCGGCCGCAGCAGCUGCUGCUGAUGAGAAAAUUGAGGAAGUAAACACUGAAAUUAUAGAACCCAAAAAAGGUGCUGCAAAAAGUAAAGUGCCCGAGAAGAAAGUGCCAAAGCAUGUUAGGGAGAUGCAAGAGGCAAUGGCUAGGAGAAAAGAAGAAGAAGAAAGAAGGAAAAGGGAGGAAGAAGAGAGGUUGAGAAAGGAAGAAGAGGAGAGGCGUAGGCAAGAAGAACUUGAAAGACAAGCUGAGGAGGCUAAGCGUAGGAAAAAGGAAAGAGAAAAAGAGAAGCUCCUACGAAAGAAACAGGAAGGCAAGCUGCUAACAGGGAAGCAAAAGGAAGAACAACGUAGGUUGGAGGCAAUGAGGAACCAGAUACUAGCAAAUGCCGGGGGUUUACCUCUAGCUACUUCUGAUCCUAGUGCACCAGCUAAGCGACCAAAAUACCAGUCAAAGAAGACUAAACCAGCACAUCAUCAAACAAAUGGGAGUGCUCAAACUAAGGUAGUGGAACAUAUGGAAGAAAAAACACAAGAAAAAGAUGUGGUAGAGACUGAAUUAUUGGAGUCUGAGAAGAUUGAAGAUGUGGAGGAGUUGAUGCCCGUGGAAGAAAAAUCAGAUGUUGUUGAGGCUACUGAAGAUAAUGAAGUUCAAGAAGAUGAAGAUGAGGAUGAAUGGGAUGCAAAGAGUUGGGAUGAUGCUGUUGUUGAUCUUUCCUUAAAAAGUUCCUUUGCUGAUGAGGAGCUUGAAUCAGAGCCUGAGAAUGGCAUGAAAAAAGAUAGAAAGAAUGGUGCACCAGCUGCACGUGAUGCAGGUGCCAAGCCAGCUGCUCCUGCCCAAAAGAAUUUACCUUCUCAGCCUUUAAAAUCUCAAGAUAUUGAAAACAAAAAGAAGCAGCAUGAGGCUGAGAUUGUGGACAAGGACAAAAGAAAAGAUGAUGCUGUUAAGAAAAAGGCUCCAAUUCCAGAUGUUACUCCUAAACAACAGGAAGAAAAUCUCCGCUCACCCAUCUGCUGUAUUAUGGGGCAUGUUGAUACUGGUAAAACCAAGCUAUUGGACUGUAUUCGGGGUACAAAUGUUCAAGAGGGAGAGGCAGGAGGUAUUACUCAGCAGAUUGGGGCAACAUAUUUUCCUGCUGAAAACAUUCGUGAAAGGACUAGGGAACUGAAAGCUGAUGCAAAGCUGAAGGUUCCUGGCUUACUUGUUAUUGAUACCCCUGGGCACGAGUCCUUUACCAACUUACGUUCUCGUGGUUCGGGUUUAUGUGAUCUUGCAAUUUUGGUUGUUGACAUCAUGCAUGGCUUAGAGCCACAAACAAUAGAAUCACUUAAUCUCUUGAGAAUGAGAAACACAGAAUUUAUUGUUGCUCUGAAUAAGGUGGACAGACUUUAUGGGUGGAAAACUAUCCGCAAUGCACCAAUACUUAAAACAAUGAAGCAGCAAUCCAAGGAUGUUCAGAAUGAGUUCAAUAUGAGGCUUAUUCAGAUUAUCACUCAAUUUAAAGAGCAGGGAUUGAAUACUGAGUUGUAUUAUAAAAACAAAGAAAUGGGGGAGACUUUCAGUAUAGUACCUACAAGUGCUGUUACUGGUGAAGGUAUUCCAGACUUGUUAUUAUUAUUGGUGCAGUGGGCCCAGAAAACCAUGACGGAGAAACUUACGUAUAGUGAUGAAGUGCAGUGUACGGUCUUAGAGGUCAAAGUUGUUGAAGGCCACGGAACCACUAUUGAUGUCAUAUUGGUUAAUGGUGUGCUGCAUGAAGGAGAUCAAAUAGUUGUUUGUGGCAUGCAGGGCCCAAUUGUUACUACUAUUCGAGCCCUGUUGACACCCCAUCCAAUGAAGGAGCUCCGAGUGAAGGGAACAUAUCUGCAUCACAAGGAAAUCAAGGCUGCUCAGGGAAUCAAAAUUACUGGACAGGGUCUUGAGCAUGCUAUUGCUGGCACCAGUCUUCAUGUGGUAGGUCCUGAGGAUGAUUUGGAUGACAUCAAGGAUUCAGCUAUGGAAGAUAUGAAGUCAGUUUUGAGCAGGAUAGACAAGACUGGUGAGGGAGUCUGUGUUCAAGCAUCUACACUUGGUUCCUUGGAAGCAUUGUUGGAGUUUUUGAAGUCCCCAGCAGUGACCAUUCCUGUUAGUGGAAUAAGUAUAGGACCUGUUCAUAAAAAAGACGUCAUGAAAGCUAGUGUAAUGCUUGAAAAGAAAAAAGAAUAUGCCACUAUUUUGGCUUUUGAUGUUAAAGUGACUCCAGAAGCCCGAGAACUUGCUGAUGAGCUGGGAGUGAAGAUUUUUAUUGCUGAUAUCAUUUAUCACUUGUUCGACCAAUUUAAGGCCUAUAUUGAUAAUCUUAAAGAGGAAAAGAAGAAGGAAGCUGCUGAGGAAGCAGUCUUUCCUUGUGUUCUCAAGAUUUUACCAAAUUGCAUUUUCAACAAGAAGGAUCCAAUCGUGUUGGGGGUUGAUGUAAUUGAUGGCAUUGCCAAGGUUGGCACACCAAUUUGUAUUCCUCAAAGGGAAUUUAUAGAUAUUGGUCGCAUUGCAUCUAUUGAAAAUAAUCACAAACCUGUUGAUUAUGCGAAGAAAGGGCAGAAGAUAGCCAUUAAGAUAGUUGGCCAUUCUUCGGAGGAGCAGCAAAAGAUGUAUGGUAGGCAUUUUGAUUUAGAAGAUGAACUUGUCAGCCACAUAUCAAGGAAGUCCAUUGACCUACUCAAAGCCAAUUAUCGGGAUGACUUGUCCAUGGAUGAGUGGAGACUGUUGGUGAAACUGAAGAACCUUUUCAAGAUACAAUGAGAUGAACUAAACCACCAUCUCGAUCAGUUUGCCACUUUUCAAACGGCUGGUUCGGAUAUGGUGUCAUUGGAUUGAUAUGCCGAAGAUACAGAGAACUUGGGAGGGUGGAAGGUCGAUCUUUGAAAAGACGCUCAUGCCGAGUUUAUGGAAAGGAUGACGGUAUUCAUCAAGGUGGAAGGUAUGCGGCAUAACACAACUAUUUUUCUUGCAUGAGAAAGCUACCAACCAAACAACUGAAGUGUUCUCGUCUUAUGGAGUCAUUGAUUACCUAAGUUUUGUUGUGAUUAUAUCUAUAGCGAUUUUUGUAUGAAAUAAGUGGUUGCGAGAUUGUCAAAUUGAGCGAGUUGGUCAAGAUCUGUGAUUAUAUGUUUGACAUUCUUCGCUAAUUUAAUAUUUUCGGGGAAAUUCUUUUCCUUUUCUUGCA